AGACUGGGAAGGGCAAGUAGCGGACGGAUACAACCUAAACAAACGCUGAAAAAGGAAAGUUGGUUUGUUUGUACACAGAGGCUCGUGUAGUAAAAGUGUACUUGUGUGGGAAUUGGGCUGGAACAGGUCUAGUUGGUAAUCAAACGUCAAUCGAUUACUUUCUACUAUUUCGCAAUUUUCAAUUUGUUUUGGCUACAAUUUUUGAAUAAUGGGAGUAAUUAAAAAGUCUACAUUCUCAAACUCUAUUACCGAUUCGAUUGAAGACGUAUUAGAAGAUAUUCAACAUGAAGAACAAGAACAACAAGUGCCAGAAAUCAGACGUCCACGAAAAAUUAAACAUCGUUCAGCAAGACCUCAAGCUAUUGGAGGGUACAGCACAACUAUUGCAAAAAGUGGAAAGAAGAAGAAAAGAGUCGAUAAUUCCAACUACUUGCUUUCUUUGGCGGAACCAGAAGAAGCUCAAGAGCUAUCCAUUCAAGAUUUCAUUCCUCAAAAUGUAUCUGUAUUCUCGAAGAUGUUUGCUUACAAGGAUAACUUAGAGAUCUGGAAUGAAUUUAUUAACUGCACUCAGGAUAAUGAAGAGUGGUUUAAAAGGAACAUUAAUGUACAGGAAUCUGAAGAACAAGAUGGUGUUGUAGAAGAAUCAAAACAUGAUUUGCGUUCCACUCACCCAGCAUAUAUUGCUGCAACGUGUUUUCAAAGAAUUAACGGUGAUCUUCGAACAAUGUUAAAAAAGAAGCAUGUUCCUCUGGGUACUUUGAUGUAUUUGGAACAAGAACUUGUAACAUUUUUUGUCAACCGUCCAACUUCUAUCUAUCAUUGCCAAAUCGCCAGCAGUUUUGAAAGACUGCUUGUUCAUGCAUUAAGUCAAUACAUGGACUUGUCUUCUCUAAGUUACAAUCGAAAUGGGAGUCGUUGGACUCGAGUGAGAAAUAAACAUACCAGCUUUUGUCUUCCAACUGUUCUUCUUUCUACAUACUUGGAAAGACGAUACAGCCACCAUGCACCUUGAGCUUGUCUAAUACAUUUAAUUGUAUUAGUUUUUAUUUGCACAAAAUUUAAUUUGUAAAUAUAUUUAUACAAAAUUGGGAUUCAUUGUAAAUGAAUCUUUAUUGUUAAAAGUUAUAUUUUGUGGGAUGCUUAUCUUAAAGAAGUUAUUUUUAACUGUAUCAAUUCUUAUAUAGAUUUUUAAUUAUAAAAUGUGUUAAAGGGCUCUUUUCUUAUGCGCCUUUGAAUAGAAUAAGAGGUUUGUUCUAUUGUUCAGAAAAAUUGUAUUGAUUGUACUAACUUUUAAACUGAAAAUAUAUAUAUAUAUAUUUCUUUUCUUUUUGUUUAUAAGCAUCCCAUUGAAGUUGUUUUAGUAUUAAUUUGUUACUUAUUGUUUUGUCGUUAUAACUGUUUUAUUACCUUUUAAUGCCAAUAUAAAUAUUUUUUUGUAUUUACAGAAUGCUUAUGUCAGUUUGUAUUCUGUGUAUCCAGAAAAAUGUCCAAAACUAUGCAAGUAAAGUAACUUUAAUGCAUUUCCUCUUUGUAAGUAGUCAGCUGAUAUGUGAUAAAAAGAUCAUUGUGAAUAUACAGUACUUUUCAUCUGUUUUUAAAUUAUAUUAACUCAGUUUAUUAGAGAGAUAUCUCUUGAAAUUUAAUGUAAAGUAAUUUCACAAUUUUAAUGUUUAGUAUAAUAUUAAGAUUCAAACUAUAGUCAUUAAGACAGAAAAGAUUGAAUUUCACUAGUUAUUUUUUUUUUUUUUUUUUUUUAAUGAACGUCAUUCAUAGAAGUUUUUAAAUAGUUGCCUGUUUUAUGAAUGUUUACUUCAAAAUGCCUACUCAUUUCAUUAUUAUGACAAAUUUAAAAUAUCUUAAUUAUGAAUACUUUUUAUAGCUUAAUAAUUUUAUUAAUGGAAAUUAUUAUGACUCUAAUGAAAAGGACAAACAUUUAUGACAAAGGUUAAAAUAAAGCCUGAUGUUACAAAAUUUUUCUCUUGUUGAAAAUUAGCAAAUUUAUGUAAAUAUUUUAUGCCAAUAUCUUGCAAAAUGCACUUUUAAAUCAUGUUCUGGCAUAUAUACAUUGCUUUCAUUGUUUUAAUGGAAUUUCUCUUAUUCACAUUUUUAAAAUAGACAAUAAACAUCCAGAUUUUUUUGUUGG